CCACUGCCCUCCGGCCACAUCAGAUUGUUAUUAUUUCACCCCCUCGUACUUCCGCCCGUGAGUUCAAUGGAUACCCCGGAAGACCGAGCGGACACCCCGCCCAAUCCGAAGCGCGCGAAGGCCGGAAAAGACUCUGAUUCGGAGUACUGGUGUGACAAGUGCAGCCGCUCCUUCGAGCGUUCAGAUCACUAUACACGCCACUUGCAUUCUCACGAAGAUCUGCGGCCCUAUCGCUGUCCGUUUUGCCCCAAAGGAUUCAAUCGGGGGGACCUUUUGUAUCGACACAAACAAACCCACCUACGCAAGGAAGGGUCUUCCCGGACGGCGCGAGCCAGUCGAGCAUGCCAGGCAUGCGUCCAGAGCAAGUCCAAGUGCACAGACCAGAAGCCAUGUCAGCGCUGCUUAAGCCGGGGCGAGCCUUGUUUGCCAUCGGCAAAGGAAGUUCAUGUUGCCUCUCAGUGGAACAAGAUUUCUGAAGCUACUUCUACCUUCGACGGCUCGGUGUCGAUCGCUCAUGAAGAUGAUCGAGCCUUGGGGGCCUCCACUCCGCCACCAACCGUGGAGCCAGCACAACAUAUAGAAGCGUCGGAACAGGAGAGAUCAGAUGAGCCCACAACUAUCCCGGCUGCACCACUAGACCCUGCGUUCGCGGUUGAUUGUUUAAUAUCCCCAUAUGCAAGCGGAUUUGCGUUUACAGAUGCCUUCUUGGUUCCCCCCGUGACGAGCGAUCUGGACCGGGGAUGUUUCGAAUUAGACCUCGAAACCCUACAAACAUUGAUGCAGCCUAUCCCGAGUGGCGUGCACAACUUGGCUGAGAUAGGAGAGAACGACAGAGCACACGCUAGCCCGGCGUCCUCGCGGUUCGAAUUCUUCAAGCGAUCGCCCUGGCUUUGGACACCAGUCCAUGUUGACAAUGCAUACUCCGGACAAGAAAGUCUGCGGAUCAAUGAAAAAGCCAUUAAUUCAAUUUUGCGGAAUGAUCAGCAGUAUUACUUUACGGCAAAAUUCACUCCAACCGUGGUUGACUCGAGUUGUCGUGAUCGAAUACUCUUCAUGAUCUAUAGUACUACACAUUCCACAUCCCCGCUACAGGCAUUUCCGUCGGAAUCAUACCUCGAUCGCAUGGUACAAGUCUACUUUGGCUGGCAAAGCUUGGAACCAGCAAGUUGGAUCCAUGCACCAUCAUUAUCUGUCACGGAAUGCCCUACCGAACUCUUGGCCACUAUUAUUGGAGCUGGCGCUUCGUCGAUUUCAAUAGAUAGUGUGUGCCGAAUGGGUUAUGCUCUGCAGGAGAGGUCACGUCUCUCGCUAUCAGCAUCGAUCGAAACAGACAAUAGUCGCGUCCGAGAUCUGCAAACGAUCCAGGCAUAUUUGUUGUGGGUCUCAAUUAGCCUGUGGAGCGGUUUUAAGCGAAACAUGGAAGUCGCUGAGACAUUUCUAUCGGCACCUUUGACAAUGCUCCGUCGGUACGGGUGUUUCUCACGAGCACAGUAUGAUAAGCCCAUCUACCCCCAUCCGGACGACGAUAUCUAUACCACCGAAGCAAAGUGGCAUGCAUGGGUGAGACAAGAGUCUUUCAAAAGGGAUAGAACCGCGCUUUUUGCUGUACUGACUGACCUUCGGUGCUCGAUGGUGUACCUGAAGCCUCCCAAUUGUUCAGUUACAGAGCUUUCAUGCCCACUUCCUUUUGCCCGCGAUAUAUGGCUCGCACCAUCAGCAACUGCCUGGAAAGGGAUAAUGCUCUCUUCGGCAAUUAGUGUCAACGAAUCUCCUACGUGGCUGGCUAUUUCACAGAACCCGUCCUUGCUUAACAACUUGCCCAAUUACUAUGACAAAUCCCUUGUUUCGUUGGUAGCAAUCCAUGGCUUUUGGUCCCAAGUCUGGGCAUACCAAGAAUCUCAACGAUUUUUCAGGGCUAAUGAUCAAUUCUCCGUGCAAGCAACCACCACUCUAUGGCUGUCUUGCCAACACGAAGACCUCGCUAAACGCAUUGAGGUCGCCAAGCAAACUCUCAUACAAGAUAACUCCCAUCCCUCGCAUAUUCAACUCGUGGCGCAGUUCUGUCUUAUGGCGCUCAGGGUAUCACCCAGAGAAGUACAGCAGUUUGCGGGCAGGCUCGGGGAAGAGGAGGCAGCCACAACACACCACCUUUUGCGCGAGUGGAUGGUGGGACCAGAAUUCAAGGCAGCUGUCUGGCAUGCCGGUCAGAUCCUACGAAUUGCUAGAUCUGUCCCUGCAGCUCAGCUACGCGAGUUUUACGCAGUUUUGGUGUACCAGGCCAGUUUAACUUUGUGGGCGUACGGGUUAGUUUCAAUAAGCAUGAUCAGGUUCGCUUCCCCUCAACUGUUACAAAGAACAUCCGAUGAGGCAGACGGUGGUCAUGUCAACUUGGAUGGACCCAGUACUCCAGAAACCGCAGCCUUUGUGAUGCUGGGAAGAGGAAAGCCGGGCAUCCAGGUAGGACACGAUCGAGAAUUCUGUCCAUUGACCGACAUCCGGACAGUCAUGAGGGCAGCUUGUGAUGUAUACCGAGACAACUUCAACCCCGAAACAGAAACCUUUCCACCCCUACUCGAAGGCAUGAUGAACUUGAUGACAGACUUGGGGAAUAUCGACACCGCGUCUUUCUGA